AUGGCUUAUAAUGCUCUGGAUCAAAACGAUUUUGAUGGGGACCAUGAUGGUGAUCAUGAAAUAAACUCUACUUCUUCUAAUUCUCCAUUCCAACGAUUGUCAUCAAAUCAUCUAUUUUUAGAUGCGCAAAAUAGCGAUACGAGCCACGGGCAAGCAUAUUCUCCAGAAAAUACACCGAGUCUCAGCCAAAUGGUACAAUCGAUUACUUCGAAGAGUACAAAGACGAGUGGGAGUUAUGAUAUUGUAGAAGACGACGAUUACGAGGAGCACGAGGUAGAACGAGAGCCAACAUCCCCUCCUUCACUGGCGCUAUCACCAGAAAGGAAGAACGUCACAUCGCGAGAGGGAACUAUACCGGAGAAACCCCUAGUUUUGAGCAUUCCACGGCCCCGUCCCCGAAAUAAUACAGCUACAGGGUCGUCCAACAAUACAACUUCUCCUAUAUCACCUCGUGCAAUAUUAUCGAAAGAACGUGCGCCGAUUGUUCGUACAGCAUCAGGUCACAGCAUUGCGUUACGGCACCCGACACCCGAUUUACAAACGCUGCAAGGAGCUUAUGUAGGGAAUAUUGACAAAUUGGAAAAGACAGCAGAACGGUUGAGUAUGACCUCCUCCAUCGAUGAUGCGAUUCGGGAACUCCAUAUGGAGCAGAAGCGUUCUGAUAGUCGCCGGUCAUCCAUUCUGUCACAGCUUAACGAAAUGCCACAAGUCUCACGAGAAGUUUCUAACCCCGGCUCCAUCAUCGAAUUGAACAAUGCGGCAAGAUCCGGGGGGAGAUCUGCGUCGAAGAGCUCGAGAUUUGGAAAUCGACCAGAACCAGAGUUGGAAGGAAGACCGUUGGAUUCAUUUGUUAACAUGUCCUUUCCCUCACUUGUCGACCACCGAACGCCCUCAAUCGCGGAGCAAGAUGAACGUUCUGCGACCUUGACACGACCAACAAUUGAGAAUCUCGGCACAGAAAAUACGGCGGAGAAUAUGGCAGGCCAGGUUGAUGAAGCUCGACCUCAAACCUCAACAUCAACCAACACAUUUGACCAGGCAGAGCGAAUGUUUGCGGAUUUUGAUGGAGUCCAUUCUGCACCUUUGAGAACAUCAUUUGAUCAUGAAUUCAUCAUGGAAGAACACAACAAAACUACAUCCGGAAUGCCUGAGGAGCUACAUGAUGAUCAGAGGAGAUACUCAUCUGGUACACAGCUUUUGCCAGGGGACAAUGAUCAGAGAAGAGUGGCAUCUGGUGAUCGGCAGUCGAUGGCUAGGCCGCAAACAUAUGCUGAUCCAAGUACUGGGCAGCAGAUGGUUUACUACCCAGCACGAGUUCCUAUGAUGCUCAAUUUGCCCCAAAAACUAUCCAAGAAUCCAUCUUCUAUGGCAAGGAAUAAGAGAAGAUCGCAAGUUCUAAGCAAUAUUCCAGCUGCUGCUCGGCAAUCAGCUAUUUGGUUACCUGAUGUGUUGGAGACGAAUGGCGAGCCUCUACAUGAAAACGACGAUGCGCAAAACUUGGAAUACGUUCCUCAACAUCAGAGAAUGAGUAUGGGUGGACGAAGGAAUACACAAGAUUUGUCGCAUAUGCCUCCCCACCUGAGAGCAAACGCGUUCUUUGAGCUCCCACAGGGGCAAACCGAGGCUAUGGAAUUAAAAGAUCAAUCGGCUGUUGCUACUCUGGAUAGUAUCUUGGAUGCAUCUGCUCAUGCUCCUGUCACCGCAUUCGUUGAUCAUGCAAUUGCUGGACAUCUUGGAAACGAGGUUUACGGAAAAACACACCAACGCAACAAGAGUAGCGCUCAAUUACUGGCACCGACACCGGAGAAGCAUGACAAUUCAAAGAAACGAACAAGCUCAUUCAACUUUCUAUUGGGCCGUCGGUCAAGUAGCAAUAAUUUACUUGGAGAUGAUGGCAAGCGUGCUUCUACAAUGUCCAAUAUUCAGGUAGAAAGAAAGGCGACAAGGUCUCCUAUUGAAGAUGACGAAGAUGACAUUAAUAACAAAGACACGACGCCUUUACGGCACACACGUGGGGUUAGUGGUGCGACUGAUCUCAUACGAGCCGAGGAAGGUGAAGUAGAAAGUGAAGAGGAUGAGGGUCAAAGGGACGAUGAAAUUUACCACGGUCCACCAACCACACUUCUUGCCGAGUUGCAGUUGCGCAAACAGCAACAGAAGAUUCGAACAAGACCACCUGUCAGUGUUAAUGGCAUGCAGUCUACAUUACUCCAGAUGGACACAGUUCUACAAAGACAACAACAAACCAGGAAACAAAAACGGGUUAAUUUAGCGUGGCAACUUGGAGACAAUGACGAUCCUAAUGCCGAAGAAGAUGAAGAUGUUCCCUUGGCCAUGUUAAAUGUAACAAGGGCUCACGUUCAAGAUACACGCAGGCCCCUUGGUUUAAUGGAAAGACGUGAAUUAGAAGACAAUGAGCCACUUAGUAGACGCAGAGCUCGAUUAACAGGCCAACCCAUGCCAAUGCCUCGAGCUACUACCAUGAUGCACAUUCCUACAGGCACUCCUGUUGUGGAAGAAGAGGAAGGAGAAACACUUGCACAACGCAUUCGACGUCUGAAGGAACAAGGAGGAACAGCAACUGGACUUCCAGCUGCGAGACCUGUUAGCGGUGAUUUUGCAUCUGAAAUGAUGAGUCAAUUUGGUGGAGAUAUUUUGAAUGCUGAUGGGGGCAAGGGAAAAGGAAAGGAGGUUUCCACAACUCCAGUCAAUGAAGAAGAGGAAACAUUAGGCCAGAGACGUAAACGUCUCCAGGCAGAAAAGGAAGCUCGUGAAAAAGAAGUCGGCACGGCCGGUGAUGCUGAAGCGACCCCAGAACCUUUGGUCAUUAACAAGAUGAAUAGUAUGGCUGACAUCCUCUCGGCUCAUCCAGCCGCUGGUGCAAGUCGAAAUUCAUCAUUUGCCAAACCAUCCCGACCAGCUACUGGUCUCCUUGGCUUGCACGAGAAGCAAACCCAGCGAAGAGCUAGCACAAUGACUAACCUUGUCACUCAACAAAAUAUGGCUCCCCGUGGUACUCGUGUCAAGAGUGGCACGUACAAUGACCCGCAACCUCAUGGGCAACCUAAUACAAUCCGACCACCAAAUACUUCCAACUACAACCUUCACAACAGCGCACUUCCCAAUAGCGGCUACCCACAAUUCGCUCAACCAACUAUGAACUACAAUAACUUCAAUAACUCCAUGACACAAUAUGGAAAUGCAUACCCUAACAUGGGCUACCAAAACAACAUGCCCAUGGGCGGCUAUAAUAACACGAUGCCAAUGCAAAUGCAAAUGCAGAAUAUUCACACAAAUCCCAUUACUGGCCUGGCUACAGGACCUGGUGGUGAACCACUUAACCAGGGACAAGUUGAUAUGGUGGAGCGAUGGAGACAAAGUGUUAUGCAUUGA